AUGACCUGCCAAGCUGCCGGUGACAGGAACCGGGACUCCUAAUGAGUUUCCCAGAGGCUGGGAUCUGAACGUCGCCGUCGCCGCUCUCCUCCCGGGGCUGCCUGUUAGAGCUGCCGCCGGCUGCCCGGCUCCUCUCCAUCCUCCCCGAGGUCGCGGAUGGAAGCAGCGUGCAACAGCAUGGCCCUCGAGAGGCUCGGGGAAGCCCUGGGCGGCGUCCCCCCCUUGCAAAGCUCCCUGCUGCUCCUCCUCUGCCUGCUCACCGCUAUCCACCUGGGCAAGCUCCUCCUGCAGCAGCGCCGGCGGCAGAGCCAGCGCCGGGCGCCGCCGGGCCCCUUCCCCUGGCCCCUGAUCGGCAACGCGGCGCAGCUGGGCAGCGCCCCGCACCUCUCCUUCGCCCGCCUGGCCAGCACCUACGGCGCCGUGUUCCAGCUGCGCCUGGGGCGCUGGCCCGUGGUGGUGCUGAACGGGGAGCGCGCCAUCCGCCAGGCGCUCGUCCGCCAGGGGGCCGCGUUCGCGGGGCGGCCGCCGUUCCCGUCGUUCCGGCUGGUGUCGGGCGGGCGCAGCCUGGCCUUCGGCGGCUACUCGGAGCUGUGGAAGCUGCACCGCCGGGCGGCGCACACCACGGUGCGCGCCUUCUCCACCGGCAGCCCCGGCACCCGCCGCCUCCUGGAGCGCCACCUGCUGGGCGAGGCGCGGGCGCUGGUGGCGCUGCUGGUGCGCGACAGCGCCGGCGGCGCCUUCUUCGACCCGUCGCGGGUGCUGGUGGUGGCCGUGGCCAACGUGAUGAGCGCCCUGUGCUUCGGCCGCCGCUACAGCCACGGCGACGGCGAGUUCCUGCGCCUCGUGGGGCGCAACGAGCAGUUCGGGCGGGCGGUGGGCGCCGGCAGCCUGGUGGACGCGCUGCCCUGGCUCCAGCGCUUCCCCAGCCCCGUGCGCGCCGCGUACCGCGCCUUCCGCGACCUCAACCGCGACUUCUACGGCUUCGUGCGCGGCAAGUUCCUGCAGCACCAGCGCAGCCUGCGCCCGGGGGCCGCCCCCCGCGACAUGAUGGACGCCUUCAUCCGCCUGCAGCGGGAGCAGCCGCGGCUGCAGCUCGAGCACGUGCCCGCCACCGUCACCGACAUCUUCGGCGCCAGCCAGGACACCCUCUCCACCGCCCUGCAGUGGCUCCUCAUCUUCCUCAUCAGGUAUCCGAAUGUGCAGGCUAAAAUGCAAGAAGAAGUGGAUAGGAUUGUUGGAAGAGACCGUCUGCCAUGUGCUGAGGAUCAGCCUCACUUGCCCUACAUCACAGCUUUCUUGUAUGAAUCCAUGCGCUUCAGCAGCUUCGUGCCUGUCACCAUCCCACAUGCCACCACAACCAACACCUUCAUAAUGGGCUACCUCAUUCCCAAGGACACAGUGAUUUUUAUUAAUCAGUGGUCAGUGAAUCACGAUCCAGCAAAAUGGUCCAACCCGGAGGAUUUUGAUCCAACAAGAUUCUUAGAUGAGAAUGGAUUCAUCAAUAAAGAUCUUACUAGUAGCGUGAUGAUUUUCUCACUAGGCAAACGUCGGUGUAUUGGAGAGGAGUUAUCCAAGGUGCAGCUCUUUCUCUUUACCUCCAUACUGGUGCAUCAGUGCAAUUUUAUUGCUAAUCCAAACGAGGACCCUAAAAUGGACUUUACCUAUGGGUUGACCAUUAAACCUAAGCCAUUUACCUUGAAUGUUACUCUUAGAGAUACCAUGGAUUUGCUUGAUCAGGCUGUCCAAAGACUGCAAGCAGAGAAAGCAGCCAGUGAAAAUCAGCUGUCAGCAAAUGCCUAAGCAACAAACCCUGCAUCUAAAGAUAAUCCCUCUCUCUCUCUCUUUAGACUUAAAUAAGUUAUAGUUUGUUCUGGUGAUCUCUUUGGAAAAUAGCCAAUAUUACAAGUUGCAAGAGCAGGAAGGAAAACUGCACAAGUUCUAACUCAGUCCUCUCUAAUUCUAGAAGGAGAGCCAUGACAACAGUCUAAUAUAUUACAUAAUGAAACAUAUACAAUUUGAAAGUAAGCCUUUUCUAUUCUAGCUUGUUCACAGAAGUUGCCAUUGUAAAGCGCUUUUUGUCUGCUGACUGGUUGGAGCAUCUCCAGGAACUGUUCGUACAGUCCUUUCCCUGUCUCCAUGUACUGUGCCUUAACUCUAAUUUCGCCUUUGGUGACUCCACAUCCCAAAGUGAAAUCUCUUAUUUUAAAUAAAAAUAGUAAUAAUAAUUAUAUAAAGGGUUGCUCAAAACACUGCAGCCUGCCUCUGAAUUCACUUCUUGUGACUGCUGGGAUGUACAUUAAUGCCUCAAUAAUACAUGUUCAAAUGAUUUUCAGUAAAAUGACGAUGUAGUCUUGCCUUUAGCAUUCCAAAGUGUUUACAUAAAUGACUAAGAAAGAAGACUUGCUUAUAACCACAUUUGAAAAUAAAAUUUGUAUUUUAAUAAUUUAGUAACUUGUCAUUAAGUUCUGAAAGAUCAGAUUUUAUGUCGCCAAAUGGCAAGGGUGAUACAAACCAUACGCUAAUCUGAUCAUUAGCAUAUUCAUGAACAACAUAGAUAUUUGAAUUAAAAAGCCUUAUAAAGGUAUAGCUGAAGUUUGUAUUUCUCUAGUAAAGAGUUAAUAUCCCUGUCACUAUGCACAUAGGUAAGCCAAGUAAAAUCCUCAUUGGCCAAGGCAUUUAGGAAGGAGAAUUUGGUUUUUUUAUAUUAAAGCUUUGGUGCCACAAGCCUCAAGUAAAACGUACAGCAAAUACACCCCUGCUCACUUGUCAUUCUCUUAGGUUGAGGUAAAUGGUAUAUCCAAAAAUUAACUAUGUACUUUUAGUACAAUUUGCUUGGAACAGAAACUCAGAAGGAAAGCUAACAUUACAUGUCCUAAUUAUUGUACCCAUUAACUGAAGAAAGAAAAAAAAUAAAAAAAUCAAAACCACCCAAAACAACCCCAAACUAUUAUUUUAAACUAAAACACACCCAUGAAACUUUAUGGCUUUGAGCCUCUGGGUAAUGUUUGUGUGCACAAAGCUGCAUGUAUUUCUCUAAACCCUGUGUAAAUGCUUGAUUUUGAAAAGUGUUGGGCACUUCUUUGGAGCUGCAGAUCACCUUCAGUUACCUAUGAAAUCCAUCAGAAAUUAAAGUCUCUCACAUGGCUUGCUGUGUUAAGCUUAGUACUAAAUAAGGUAUUAGUAGAGCUAGAAAAAUAAGGGUGCAGUGCUAUACAGCGGAGCAGCUCUGCUGAGACCUAAAGCAAGUAAAGAUUUCCACCAAGUCUUGUGAUAGAUAGGCAGUCUUAGUCAUGUUGCAGCAGUAACGGAACUCACACCGACAUUGGGAAGAGCUGGGUUAACAGCACAAUCCUGAAGUAGAAGCUUCGCUACUGAUUUAAAAAACCUGAAUCAAGCCUAAAAGUACAGCUCCAUAACCCCACACAGUAGUAAUGUACCUGUUUAAAGUCUCUGACUUCACACGGCAUCUUUUUUUUUUUAGAGCUAAAAAAAGCUUUCUGUUACAAACACAAGGAGUAACCUCAGGUGUUUUUCUGAAUUGUAUACAAGUGUGAUAGCCCAGAACUUAGCCUAUACCUGUGAAAAGCUUUAAGAUACUCAGCAUUUUCAUACAGAGAUCUACAUUAGAUCAAAUACUAGCACAAUAAGUUUCCUUGUACUUUUGUAAGUAUUGUUAUUAAAAAAAAAAUGUAACCUACAAGUGAAUAUUCUAAUGUAAGAAUCACCAAUUCAUAUUUUAAUAAAAGCAGUUUUGCAAUUUUGUACUCUUCCAAAAGCUUUAACUAUGCAUUGGCUACUAAUACAACAUCCAUUCAUUCUGCUCAUGUCUGUCAGGGGGUCACACACUAUCUAGCUGUUGGUCAAAUAGUGCCUCAUUUAAUCUGCAGAGUUACUCAAAUAUAGUAGCACUCAUUUAGAAUGUAUGGAGUUGCUCAGCAAGCUAACUUUUAUGGUCAUUUUGAAAUGUAUCAUGUUGCCAAAAUACUAAAUAAAAUAAUUCUUACACUG